ACUCCAUCGACAGAUCUUCAAUCUUUUCCAUUAUAGUAUAAUCUGGUUUCUGUAAUAAUCUCCUAUGGCGGCUUCUUCUUUGUUACUCUCACCUCUCUCGUCCGGGACUAGUGAAAUGAGUAGCUAUAAUUUUUCUUCAUUUCUUCAUGGUCCAAAGCUCAUAUUCACUGCUAAGCCCAGAAAAACUGCGUUUCGGAGAUGUGGGUUUAAGUCCCCAGUAGCUCAGAAAUCAUUUGACCACAUACCCAAACAGUUCCGAGAAGAGAAUCUUAAGGAUGGAUUGAUGGACAACUACAAAAAUGCACCUCAGUAUCUUUAUGGCCUUACUCCUUCGCAGAUGGAUAUGUUCAUGACAGAAGAUAAUCCUGUCAGCCGGCAGGCAGAAAAAGUCACUGAGGAAAGCAUCUCAUCAUCCUGCAAUUAUUUAAAUAACGGUGGAAUGUGGAGUCUAUCUGGCAUGAAUGAAAGAGGCCCUGCAAAGUAUAGCAUGAGCGUCAGCAUGUACCGUGGAGGAGCUAGAGGAUAUGGAAGACCCAGAACCGCUCCUCCUGAUUUGCCGUCUUUGCUUCUAGAUGCUCGAAUUGUCUAUCUUGGGAUGCCAAUUGUACCAGCUGUAACUGAGCUUCUUGUUGCUCAGUUUAUGUGGUUGGAUUAUGACAGCCCAUCAAAACCCAUAUAUCUAUAUAUAAACUCUUCUGGUACCCAGGUGAAUCAUCUAUCAUAAUGUAGCUUUUAUUAGAGAGUAGCUCAACUCUUUUACUGCAAAUCAGAUGUCUAUACAGUAAAUUGUGGCAUGGCAUAUGGUCAAGCAGCAAUGCUUCUAUCACUUGGAGCAAAAGGUUAUCGUGCAUUACAGCCAAAUUCAUCCACUAAGUUAUAUCUGCCAAAAGUGAACAGAUCAAGUGGAGCUGUCAUAGAUAUGUGGAUUAAGGCCAAAGAACUAGAUGCCAACACAGAGUAUUACCUCGAGCUGUUAGCCAAGGGAAUUGGGAAACCAAAAGAAGAAAUUGAGAAGGACAUCCAACGUCCAAAAUAUUUCCAGGCAAAGGAGGCAAUUGAGUACGGCAUUGCUGACAAGAUCAUCGAUUCAAGAGAUAAUGCGUUUGAAAAACGGAAUUAUGACGAGAUGCUUGCACAAUCAAAAGCAAUGAGGAGAGCAGCAGGAGUAGGACCACAGGCAGCUCCCUCUGGGUUUAGGUAAAUAUGUAUGUCUCGGGACUCUUGAAUGUAUGGGGACAUGAUCAACUCUCUCUUGGUAAUACUCCAUAAGUUGUGCGUUUGCUGCUCUUUUCUAUAUUUGUUUGCAAUUACAACACAAACCAAGCUGGUCUCCACCGACUGGUCAAAGUGAUGUUAGCAUAAAAUAAUAGUUAGUUUUACUUUUUUAUGUACAUGUCAAAUGGGAAUAUAGAAGAAUGGAUGCUUGCAGUCUUACACAUUAAUAGUCACUGUAAUGGAAUGGUGCUUUAAGUGAAUUUCUUCAGCAUUGUCUUC